GGAGACUGUAAAUGAUGGUGUGUUCCAUGUGGUAGAGUUGGUGGCAUCAGAUCAGACUGUGUCUCUGUCUAUUGAUGGUGGACCAGUCAAGUCUAUCAACUCUCUGAGUAAACAGUCAACACUCAGCAGCGAUUCUCCUCUAUACCUGGGAGGUAUGCCAGAUCGUUGGUCAGUCUCUGCAGCGCUGCAGUCUGGAGUUGGGGGGCAGAACGGGACCAGCUUCCAUGGCUGUCUCAGGAACCUCUACAUCAAUGGACAGCUGCAGGAUCUCGGGGUCGGGCUGGAGCAGGGACAGACUGGCGUUGAGGCGGGAUGCCAGCCAUGCCAGGCAGGGGUGUGCGGCCAGGGUGAGUGCCACCCAACCGGUCAGAGAGAUUUCUCCUGUACCUGCCGCCCUGGGUGGACCGGAGACCAUUGUCAGGACCAGGUCAACAACCCCUGUGAUGGGAACAAGUGUAUCCAUGGUUCAUGUCUUCCUAUCAAUUCCUACUCCUACUCCUGUCGCUGCCAGCUAGGAUUCCUCGGGGUGCUGUGUGACGAGGCAGACCAGGAAGUGCUGGACCCCUGUCAGCUGACCAGAUGUAAACAUGGGAAAUGUAGGCUGUCUGGCCUGGGCAAGGCCUACUGUCAAUGUAACCCAGGAUACACGGGGACGCCUGCGACAGAGAGGGGUCACCCAGAGGUGGUCUGUCGAGGGGAACGGCUCCGAGCUGUCUACCAGCUCCAGAGGGGCUAUUCGGCGUGUGAAACCCAGGAGAAGGUCUCCCGUCUAGAGUGCCGCGGCUCCUGUCCGGAGGGGGCUGAAGGGGGGGGCGGGAGCGGCUGCUGCUCCCCUUUACGUUCCAAACGCAGGAAAUACACCUUCCACUGCACCGACGGCUCCUCCUUCGUACAGGAAGUGGAGAAGGUGGUGAAGUGCGGCUGUACAAAGUGUCCUCCCUCGUAA